AUGGCUGCCAGCCCACGCCCAGAAAAGGAACGCGAUGAGCCGCGUGCUGACGAAGCAGAGCGAAGUGAAGAGCAAGAGAAGACUGAGGAAAAGGAGGAGCAAGAGAGGGAAGAGAAACCGAGAGCUACAGCCCCCACCGAAGAGACUGUCAGCCCAACAGACAAUGUUCUUAAGAUAAAGAGUCGCGCACCUCAUGAACAUCAACCACUUCCUCCACAACCGCCCGCUCCGCAACUAUAUAGCCCUCCGUAUAACGUCCAACCACAAUGGCCUACCCGACCUGCCGACCAACCGUGGAUGCCUCCUACUGACCCAGGCGCUCAUCGAGCAUAUGGCAUCUACCCAGAGCAGGACCCUCACCAGAGCGUCCGCUUGCCUUCUAUCCAAGCAUUGCUCACGGAACCAUUCAAUCCUCCUCCCCGUGGUCCAGUCUAUUCCGACCGACAGGAUUGGCCGCAUCAACAACAACCAAUGCCAAUCGCGUUACCGCCGGCCCAGACCGCGCCAGAGCGAUAUCCUCCAGUCGUUGCUCCUCUACCUCUGGAUGAUUCUCGUGCUCGUUCACCUCAGGCAAUGCCUCAGCGCAAACGUGGUCGGUUGCCAAAGGAGACGACAGAUUUCCUCAAAGCAUGGCUACACAGUCAUUCCGCCCAUCCGUACCCCAGCGAAAUCGAAAAGAAGCAAAUGUGUCAUGCAACGGGCCUGAGUAUGAGCCAGGUCUCCAACUGGAUGAUUAACGGACGACGUCGCAUUCUUGGUCCAUCUUACCUCAGCACGUCGCGGUCGAACCCACACACAUCCCCGCCCGUGACGCUCUCUGCACCAUCCAUGAACAUGAAUCCCGCACCAGUGCUCCUCACAGCCCCGUCGAUGAUGUUGCGCUCACCCACUGGCCCGCCCCACGGCCCAUAA